AUGAGCGAAAAAGAGGGCAAUAAAGUGGCUCCUAAAUCUACCUUAGAAACAGAUUUCUCUGGUGCCGGUCGAUCUGGAACAGUUUCUCCAAAAUCUAUUAAAAAUCCGUCUAAUCUGUCACAAGCUCCUCGUCGAUUUUCUUCUUCUUCAACUCGCAGCUAUGAUACCAACGAUUAUUAUUCGACUUCUCCUGUAAAUCAGCGAGUGUCUUCGGCAAUGUCUUUGUACGGCCGAGGUUAUAAUCGAAGCCUUACUCGUAGAAUUUCAUUAAAUUCUUCAAUAUCUAAUUUCAGUACAAUGUCCGAAACAUCUUUACCAUGGACUACUAAGGACAUCGGGUUCAACGCGAUUUCUGGUGUACUAAAUGAUCCAAAUGCGAAAGCCUCAAAUACUGCCAGACCUACAAAGAACGACAUUCCAUCAGUACCUCAAACUGUCAUAAAAAAAGUAAAACCUACCGAUUUCAAUAGCUACCUUAAACAAAUUACUCCGCUAUUUGAGAGGUACAGUCAUAACAAAGAAUGUGGAGUAGAAAACUCUCACUCUAUUAGGAAAUCAACUUCUUCUUUUGAAUCUGUUGCUUCCACUACAAAGAUCUUGACAAAUCUUGAGAAUUUGCAAACCGAUAAUUCUGAAAUUCCUGUACAUCGACUAGAGAGUUCAAGAAAUCCUUAUUCCGUGCGUAUGCCUCCUUAUUCUCUUGAUGACGAUCGACCCAUAGAACCUGUAAUUGAUCUUCCAUUACUAGAAACU